UAUUGAAACUAUAAUAUACGGAAGAGUGAAGUAAAAGAACAAAAUAAUAAUGAAGCCUAAGUUCUUUCUAAUUCUAGUUUUCUAUGCAUUCUCAUCACUAUUCCACGUAGAAGCAGAUAGUGAGUUUGUGGAAACAAGAGGAGUGCAGCUUAUGCUAAACGGAAGCCCCUAUUAUGCAAAUGGUUUUAAUGCAUAUUGGUUAAUGUAUGUUGCUUCUGAUCCAUCUCAAAGAAACAAGGUUUCAUCAACGUUUCAAGAGGCUUCAAAUCAUGGACUUAACAUAGCAAUUACUUGGGCUUUUAGUGAUGGUGGUUAUAAACCACUACAAUACUCUCCUGGAUCCUACAAUGAGGAUAUGUUCCAGGGAUUGGACUUUGUAAUAGCUGAAGCAAGAAGAUAUGGGAUUAAAGUGGUUUUGAGCUUGAAUUAUGAGCUUCCUGAUUGUUUUGAAUUAUGAGAAUUUUGGAGGAAAGAAACAAUAUGUGGAAUGGGCAAGGAGUCAGAGUCGGUCCAUAAAUUCUGAAGAUGAUUUCUUUACUAAUCUUGCAGUGA